UCGGGUUCCCAGAUCGGCUUUUACCGCAUCUGAGCGACCUCGACAUCGUCUACCCCUUCACCGGCUCAACAACAUUAGCACACAAAGCCUUUCGCGCUCCGGCUCGAAUGGUCUUUUUGUGCUCGGCACAAUAAGCAGUCUAAGCUCGACCUAUUAUGGAAGGCCUGCCUGACACCUCGGCGAACGACGUAAACACGACGGUGUCUUCUUAUCCUUCUUCUUUGGCUGCAUCACCCCACCUUUCCCACCAGCAGCAGGUUCAGCAACAGCAACAGCCCCUCCGACAACAUCAACAGCAGCAGCAGCAGCAGCAUAUUCAACCCCAGUCGUCGGCGGCACCUCCCCACACGCUGCCACCCCUUCAGCCAGGCAACACUGUCAUGCAACAGCCCUCUUACGGGAGCUACCCGAGGACAUCGGCCGCCCCGAGCUCAUCCAGCGCUAUGGCGAGUUAUCCUCCUCCGCCGCCGCAGAAUGCAAGCCGCGGCGGCACCUAUCCGACGAUGAUGGGGAACAACGCCUAUCCCCAGCAGCCGUACCCUGGCGCGUCGUCGAGCAUGAUGCCGCAGAGCACCACUGCGGUGUCUCACCCUCAGCCAAUUGCGCCUGCUCCUGCAACUGCCGGCGGUAGAGCUCCGCCUAUGCUCCGUCCUAUGCCUGCCGGCGGAGUCAUGUCUCAGCCGGGCAUGAAUUCUCCGUAUGGCCAGAGCCCAUUGAUGCCGCAGCCUUCGGUUCUCCCGCCCGACAGCGAACCGCCCACCCAUGUGGUGGGCUCGCAGGGACGUAGAGGAAUUCUUCCCAGCGCCCCAGGUAGGCCUGCUCCGCCUGCAGCUGGAUCCGCUCAGGCAAAGAACCAGAUUCCCCAGAAGGAUGCCGACGGGAAGUUUCCGUGCCCGCACUGUACUAAGACUUAUCUGCAUGCGAAGCACCUGAAGCGCCACCUGCUGCGACACACCGGCGAUCGGCCGUACAUGUGUGUCCUGUGCCAUGACACCUUCUCACGUAGCGACAUUCUCAAGCGCCACUUUAUUAAGUGUUCCGUCCGCCGCGGCAACCCGACGGGGGCAAGCCACCUGUCCCAUCCCCAAGCCCACGUCAAGAAGAAUGCGGCUGCUCAGCAGAAGGCCAUGGGCUCUGAGGGCGAUGUUAAUCACAUGAACGGUAUGGGAAACAUGCCCGCCGACGGAAUGGUUCAUCCGUUCGGCCUCAUUCCCGCUUCUGAUGGCAUGAGCAACGUGGCCAACGAUCAAAGCCAGCUCUCGAGAUCUAGCAGCAUGAAUAGGAUCGCCGACGACGCGAACCGUGAUAGGAGGAGCAUGACGGCAUCGGUCAUGGGCGCGUCGACGCGUCCCAGCAGCUUCGAACAGACAUACAACGGCAAUGAGGUCACAAACAACAUGACCGCGAAUAUCAACCCCCAGCUGGCAAACUACAGCAUGCCUCAGAAUCAAAACGGAAUGCCUAUGUUUGGAGGGUCAGGCUCGACCGAUUGGUCGCAAAUGUUCCAGGCUGGUGCGCACUCUUCCAACGUCGAUACGAUCACACCUAAUACCGGACAGGGACAGAUGCAGACCGUAACCAAAACCGAGCUUAACCCCAGUUCCGCCCGAGCGGUCGAUAUUCCUGGCGACACUCCAUCCCACUCCUUGUCCUUCCCGUCGUGGGGCAUGCCGUCGUCGUAUCCGAAUGCCUACCAGCAACUCUCCAACAAGAUUACUGCCUUCCUCCGUUCUGCGCCCGCCGCCGCGAAUAUAGACCUCGUUAACCUUUUAGACUUCUACUUCCAUGCCGAUAAUGUCCGCAACUUUCUUGAGAAUUACACGCAUUUCCACGCUCAUCUCUCAGUUCUGCACCUGCCCACCUUCCGCGCGCUAGAAGCGCAUGUUGGCCUGGUAGCGGCCAUGUGCUGCGUUGGGGCGUGCUACUCGGAUCGGAUUCCCGCAGCCAACAUCCGCGAGGUAAUGGACCUCCUGAAAGCAGCGCUCGAAGGCUCAUCCCGCAUGUUCGCCUCUCUACUGCAAGUUGGUGCUCCGGAGGUUGGCUAUGAUUGGGAUUCUUUUGGCAGCAAGAGGACAGAUCUCGAAGAGUUGCAGGCAAUUAUGCUUACCCAGAAUCUGCUUACGUGGCACGGUACCCCAAUGCAACGCGAAAAGGCCAGAAGGACCUUCCCUUUGAUCGCAUCCUCCGCCCGCAAGGCUGGCCUGCUUCAUCUCUCCGCGAAUGCGUCGUUGCACAGUCCGGUUCACCAGCCUGCUUUCUCGCUGCAAAGUGCGUCAAUCUCCCAGUUCAACUGGCAUGUCUGGGUGGAGCAAGAAAAGCGCAUCCGGACUAUGUACAUGAUCUUGGUCUAUGAUGUGGCUCUUGGGCUGUACUUCAACACUGGGCCUGAGUUUGACCCUCUCGAAGUGCGUCUUCCGUUACCGGCAGAUGAUGCGGCCUGGGACGCACAAGAUGCCAAUGAAUGUGCCGAUGCACUCAGCCUCCGUGGACCAGAAGCGGCCAAAAAUCGCAACCCGGACGGGACCCGGAGAAGCAAUCAGCCAGAGAUGCACUUGGUCGUCAAGGCCCUUCUCGACAACAACUAUCGUAUCCAACCCGGUUCCACCAACCUGUUCGGCAAGUUUAUCAUGAUUCACGCGCUCCUAUCAAUGAUUAGGCGGGCUCAGCUGGAAGGAGGCUCGGCGAUUUUGCGUCGUGCCACUACUCCUCUUCCUGCUCAUGCAUGGUUUGUCGGAACUCAGUGUAGCUCCAGCGCUACCAACAGCGGCCGGUCUACUCCUGUUGACAUUGGGGCAAACCUCAUCGAUACGCAGACGGCCCGGGCAUUUUUGACUGCGCUAGACAAGUUCAAGUCUAAUUGGGAUCAUGACAUGGCUACGCAGUUCCCGCCUUCUAUGGCUAUCAACCCGCGUCGAUACGGGUUCACGCGGGACGCGAUCCAUUUCUAUUGGUUGGCGACGUAUCUACUCAAGAAUACACGGACAACGGAUUUACAGAUGGCACCAGAUCAACGUUUUGCCUACGUUAUCCAUCUUCUAAAAUCGGUGAGGCAGUGGGUUUUAACGGAUGGGGCUUCUCGAGGCGAGGAGCUGGGAUCGGUUGGAGAUAUCGAUGCUUCGUACGGGGCAACGGAUGUGACGCUCGACAUGACACAACUCUUCCGGCCGCUUUCGAAUUCAGGAAGGUCGCCAGUGUUUGCGGCCGCUCAGACAGGAACCAUGCAGCACCAGCAAUAA